UGCUUCCUCACCUCAGCACCAAUCAGCCACACACAGCGACAGGAGACGCGGACUGAGCAGAGACCAGGCAGACACACACGCGCACACACACACACACACAUACACACACACACCACCAUCAUCAUCACCAUCACCAUCAACAACAACACAACCUACGGAUCAAGAGGAGAGAGGACGCGUCUAAUCCGCUCUGCGAACUCUUUUCCGCGACACCUUUUUGGGCUUAUUCAUGCACUUUUUUCUGACCUUCUUCCCUCGCUUGUGACAAGAAAGUGGAUCAAAAUGGUUCUUUUGUUUUGAGCGCUCUGAGCACACGCGCUCACACACACGCGCGCGCACACACACACACACACACUAACAGUCGUCGUGCUCUCCUCCGGCAGCCUGCGUCUGUGCGUCUUCUCGCAUCUUUUCCCAUUAUUUCCCUCCACGUCUCGCCUCGCAGUGAUGUGCCGUCACACGGUCGCAGGCUGGUAGCAUCUUGGGAGCUCUUCUCAACAGGAACCUGCACUGGAGGCGACAAACCAAGAUGAUAGCGCACCGUUCGUAAACUGCUGUAGCUCAACAACGGCCUCCAUCACGUCACUGUCUCUCCUCGAACACUGACCACUAUUUGUCAGCCAUGUCUAACAUAAACACUGCACUUUGCAUUGAAAAUGUACAGAAUGCAGAUGUGUCUCUCUUACAAAAGGAUAAUCUUCAGGAUGGUGGAUUAAGCCAGCUUUUGGAUUAUAACGCUGAAAUGGAAAGGUACAGGUCUUUUGCAAACUUUUAUAAAGCCAAUGGGGCAUUUCCACAGACUGCCAAGAUUGCCCGCAUCACGACGCCCAUUUUCCCCAGUGCUAGAAUUGGCAUGUCCCCUUGGAACUGCGAUAACGCCAUGCUCUGGGGAAGGAAAUCAGCGGCAAUAAACCCUAAUAGGACCAGCAUGCAUAGAAAUGACUCCCAGAGGCCGGGGAAGCCUGGCGUGCCGCCAGAGACGCUGCAAAUGGCAAAUAAUAAUUUCCUCUCUACCUUAUCCCCCGAACACUGCAGACCUUUAGCAGGAGAAUGCAUGAACAAGCUGAAAUGCGGCGCUGCUGAAGCAGAGAUAAUGAAUCUCCCAGAACGCGUUGGAACUUUUUCUGCUAUUCCGGCUUUAGGGGGCAUCUCAUUACCUCCCGGGGUCAUCGUCAUGACAGCCCUUCACUCCCCCGCAGCCUCAGCAGCCGUUACAGACAGUGCGUUUCAAAUUGCCAAUCUGGCAGACUGCCCACAGAAUAAUUCCUCGGCAUCCAGUGGAAACCCAGCGAAGAAGAAAAGGAAAAGGUGUGGGGUCUGUGCACCCUGCAGGCGUCUAAUCAACUGUGGUGUCUGCAGCAGUUGUCGGAACCGCAAAACGGGCCACCAGAUCUGCAAAUUUAGGAAAUGCGAGGAGCUGAAAAAGAAGCCAGGCUCAUCGCUGGAGAGGACACCGGUCAACAGUGGCGAAGCUUUUCGGUGGUUCUUUUAGAGAAGCGAGCCACGGCCGCUCCCGUCCAGCGAGAGGACAGGUGGGAUUCUUGACUCUCUGCCAGGAGCACUUCUUCGGUUCACAGAACCCAGUGCACUCGACACAUUUGGAGAGGACGAGAGAAGAAAAAGGGAAAAGGGGACAGACAAAAAGAUAAAUGAAAACAUAAUGGUGUUGUUUAAACUCUGUAAUUUCCUUUUCCGUGUAAUUAUUGUACCUUUUGACAGUAUCAUAAUGUAUAUUUUUGGUGUCUAUGAAUGUUUUCAGUGUUGUGGCUGUAGUUUCACAGCCAAUCCCGUGUAAAGGACUCACACAGACAAUCAUACAAUCAUCCGGAAUCUGUCAAAAACAGAGGAGGCCACAAGGAUUGAUGACAUCACAAAGCGCCACAAAAACUACACUCUGGAGCAAUAAUCUAUUCUGUUGAUUAUUCUUCCACUUUAAGAUUUUUUGAUUUCUUUUUUUCAAACUCUUCAUCUCCCUUUUAUGAAGCUAAUUCACCCUCUUGUUUUGUCUGUUAUUCAAACUGAAAACCACCAUAUUGAAAUGGCAGUGUGAUGUGUCACGCUGAGAGCAACAGUGUGAUGAAUGGCAGCAGUGCUUCUGUGAUGGGCUCGAUGUUUGAGUGGACUCACUGCCAUACAGGGCAUAUUGUCUUAUGUGGUGAGUCGCUCUUCUUUAAAAUCUACUUUUGUCCAUUUGACUGUGACAGGUUGAAGGUCAUACUUUUAAAGAUGGUUAAGGGACAUGUUUUUGUUUUGCUCUUAUACUUUAGCUAUCAAACCUUUUGGUUUCAGUUUGGAUCUCUUAAGGUGGUUAACUGUCUAAAAGGUAGGGAGCAAUGCCAGUAAAGCAGCUGUAGGUUUUUGAAAACAUUGAAAUUAGGAUUAAUUACAGAAUACUCUACGUAUUUAAUAUGUCAGAUGUUGUUCUGGAGCUAACCUCCCCUGCAGAGCAAACGGCAGUCCUUUCUCCUAUAAAUUAAUGUUAAAACAUUCCAAAAAUUAAAAUUAUUCAAUAAGUUACUCAUUGUCUUAAACCCUAUUGUUGCAUGUGUAAAUGUGUUUUGGUUUUAAAGAUUACUAAGAAUUUGUAUAUUGUUGUUGUGAUGCUUUUAUGUGUUCAAAUAAAAAAAAACAU